AGGUGGGCCAGGCAACUCUGACCAUCACUUCGCACCUUUGCUCAGCUGUGGCAUCUUGCUGUCUCAGUUGAUGGUCAGGAAUUAAGCUGUCCCCUACCUGUGUUGCUCACCAUGGAAGAGAUGGGGAAGACUGAUAUCCAGCUGCAGAGACCUAUAAAGACUGAGUGGAAUCCCCGGUGUGUCCUCUUCACCUAUUUCCAAGGGGACAUCGGCAGCGUAGUGGACGAACACUUCUCCAGAGCUCUGAGCAAUGUCAAGAGCCCCCAGGGAUUGAGCCCCUUGAGCCAGAGCACAGACGUGAUCCUGAGGAAUGAUAGUGACAUGCCUCCAAAUCAGUGGCGUUUCUCUUCUCCGUGGACAAAGCCAGAGCCAGAAGCAUCUUUUGCAUAUGGUGCCACCAACUGCAGCUUGAAUGGGCCCAGUCUCAUGACUCCGGAUCAGUACCCAGUGUCCCUGGCGGGCAGCCCCUCCGUUCAGUCUGACGAGCUGUGGCAUUACCCCUCCCUAGGCAGCCCCAGCUCCUCAGAGCCUGGCUACUCUCAGGCCUACUCCAGUGCGCACAUGGUUCCAGAGCCCCAGCCUGACGGGAAAUAUGAGCCCUUCCUAAGUCUCCUCCAGCAAGACCGACACCUAGCCCAUCCUCAGGAAUCCGCAGUGUGGGAGGAUUGCAGCUCUGCCCAGGUAGCCAGAAGCGUGGGAUUGCUCUGCGACUUGCCUCCCAGCUCAGCCCACGAUAAGAAAAUAUAUUUCCCCCCAGAUGGUGGACCCGCCAGUGCCAACCUCGCAAGUGAAAAAAGCCAGUCUCCAGAGCGAAGAAAUGUGUUCUUUUAUUGAACCUCAGUCCGAAGAAGAGAA